AUGGCGGCUGCGGAGAUCCGUACUGGAGGUGGGAGCGUGGACCCGGAAACGCUGUACUCGAGACAGAACUGCAUCGGUGGUGGCAGCUUUGGAAAGGUGUAUAAAGGAGUCGAUCGACGGACUGGCCAAGCGGUGGCCAUUAAAAUUAUCGACGUCGAAAACGCCGAGGACGAAGUCGAAGACAUUAUUCAGGAGAUCUCUAUCCUAUCAGAGCUCCACUCGCCCUAUGUCACGAAAUAUCACGGGUCAUUCCUGAAGGGGUCGGAUCUCUGGAUCAUAAUGGAGUUCUGCUCGGGUGGGAGUUGCGCGGACCUCUUAAAGCCAGGCCUGAUUGCUGAAGAGUAUAUCACUAUAAUCAUAAGAGAGCUUUUGAUGGGACUGGACUACUUGCACUCGGACAAAAAGCUACACCGAGACAUCAAAGCUGCCAAUGUACUCCUCGGAGCGAACGGCCAGGUUAAAUUGGCAGAUUUUGGUGUGUCUGGGCAGCUCUCUGCCACCAUGACCAAGAAGAACACCUUCGUAGGCACGCCGUUCUGGAUGGCCCCUGAAGUCAUCAAGCAGUCAGGCUAUGAUCACAAGGCAGACAUCUGGUCUCUCGGUAUUACCGCUCUCGAACUGGCCAAAGGGGAGCCGCCUUACUCUGACAUUCACCCAAUGAAAGUUCUGUUUUUGAUACCCAAGAAUCCGCCUCCAACCUUGCAAGGAGAUUUUAGCAAAGCUUUCAAAGACUUUGUCGAUCUUUGCUUGAAACGUUCUCCCCAGGAGAGGCCGACAGCCAAAGAGUUGCUGAAGCAUCCGUUUGUUCGUCGAGCAAAAAAAACCACGUAUCUUACAGAGCUCAUUGAACGACACGAGCGAUGGCAAGCUGUGCAUGGAGAUCAAGAUUCAGAUGAUGAAAGCGAUGAUUCAAGUCAAGAGAGUCAACAUCCCAGAGCCGACGAUGAAGACCUAUGGGAUUUUGGCACUGUGAGACCCGCAGGUGGUAGAGGUGCUGGUCUAAAACCUAUGAAUGAUUCUGCAGCGAAUACAAGGGCAUAUAACGGGUCAGCGUCCGGCCCAUUCCAUAGAAGUCCGGAGCGGAAGUCUCGCGACGAUGACUGGGAUAAUCCGUCUCAGACCCUCGAGGAUACUGUUAAAAUUACAUCCCCAUCCGGUCAGCCGCGUGGCUGGUCACCGCAGAGGAAACCCUUAGUGACUACUGGGCCAGUGUCACCUGGCAUUGCAGCCAAAGAACCGCUCCCAUCAUCACCAGCAAAACCUCUACCAAACAAACCAUCUCUUGUGCAGACACCAUUACGUCCUGCACCUGCAUCACGCACACCCCAGGACAAACAUUCACAGACAUCCGAGAAUGAUAGAGAAGUGCGACCAUCACUAGCUAAAGAUAUGGAAAUCCUCAAUUUGGGUCCUGCCCUCAAUGCUGCGCUCAGAUCACCUCCAUUCAAGCGUGACCAGGACCGUUCACCAACGGCAAAAAAUGCGCCUACGCAUUACGAUUCAAAGUACAGCCUUCCAGAAAUUCCACCCUAUCACUCGACUCCUGAAACCGAUGUCCAGUCUCUCCAAACCCUCCCAGCUCUAGCGUACAAUCCCAAUCAGAAGCGUGGUGAACAGCAUUACUCACCCUCCGUCCAGCAGCAGCCUCUGCCCACCAGUUCGUUUGAGGACUUUCUAGCUUCCAAGCAUUCGUCGCCAUCGCAAUCCAAGUACCAUGAUCGCGACGCAGGGGACCCUCGCAAAUCCGGUGACUCGACCAGCUUUCCAGCUCAAGAUCCGAACCGAGAACCUACAGCCUCAUCAGCAGUGCUCAUCCCCGCCCUCAGCGCAGCCCUCGAGCGUCGCACCCACAUUCUCAACGAGUCCUUGCAAGAGAACGCGGACAAGGCUCGCACUGCGACGAACGCAGAGCUCGAUGCCAUGGAUCAGAAGGACCAAAAGCGCAAGAGAGCGCAUGAGAAGCUAAGGAAGUACGUGAUGAAGGCGGCGGGGGUCUUUGCCGAGAUCGAGAAGUGGGACAGGGAGGAGCAGGUGGGAAUGGGAGGCGAGGUGCAAGAGUUCAUGGAGGGUUUCCUGGAGGAGAUUCUAUUCAGGGUGGAUGAUUCGCCUAUCCCCGAGGGGAAGGGGGCAUAG